AUGGCCAGCCACUCAGUGGAGAAGGACUUCCUCCUCAUUCAGUUCUCUGACAUCUGGCAGAUCCAGAUUGUACAUGGCUUUGUCUUUCUGAUGAUUUACUUAGAGACUAUCUUGGGGAAUCUUUUCAUCUUCACUAUUGUCACCAUGGACCAUUGUCUUCACACCCCCAUGAACUUCUUUCUGCAGAACUUAUCCUCCCUUGAUGCAGGCCUCAUUUCAGUCACAGUCCUUAACCUCAUUCUAAACUGCAGGACACAUAGGAUCAUCAUCUCUUUUCCAGUAUGUGGGAGUCAGCUCUUCUUGGUGGUUCACUUUGCUGGGUGUGAGCUUUUUCUCCUCACAGCCAUAUCCUAUGACCGCUAUGUGGCCAUCUGUCACCCACUACAUUAUGAUGUCAUUAUGAACAAGGGGGUCUACAUGUGGAUAGUAGCUGCCUCUUGGCAGUUUGGGAGUCUGAUUGCAGUCUUAUGCUCCAUUGGAACUGUCUCUCUAUUUUUCUGUGUCUCCAGAAAAUUCCCACAGUUUUUCUGUGAUGUCACCUCUCUACUGAAGAUUUCUAGCUCUACGAUUGCUGAGAAUGCCAUCAAUACAAGGGAAGUCAAAAGUUUUCUCCACCUGUGUUCCCAUCUCAUAGUCAUCACCACAUGUGUAGUGACAGCUGUGUACACUCAUUUGAAACCACUCCCUGAUUCUCCACACCUUGUGGACUUUUUGGCAACUGUUUCCUAUUCAGUAAUGACCCCAUCACUGAACCUUAUAAUAUACAGUCUGAGGAACAAGGAAAGCAAAGCUUCUGUGAGGAAGCUUCUAUGGAAGCUACCUCACUUUAAGUGCUUUGGGGAAGUAAUAGAUGUAUCACCACCAUCAAGAAAUCCUAAAAAGCAUCUCUUGUCAUUUAUAGAAGUUUGA